AUGGAGCCUUUCCAGGGGCUGGAGUCCAGCCAGAAAUCACAGGAAGGACAGAUUCCUCUCAGCUUUACUUACCAUUCUUUCUCCCUAGGUCUUGGAGCUGGAACCAAACCUCAGAAACCAGGAUAUGGAAAUGGGCUGGGAAAUGGGGGCUUCCCUGCCCUUGGAGCCCAGCCAGGAUUUGGAGCGGGAACCAAGCCUCAGAAAGCAGGAAAUGGAAAUGGACUAGAAGUUGGAGCCUUCCCAGGAGCUAGAGCUCAGCCAGGUCCUUGUAGUGGGGGCUCCAUUCCAGCUCUUCCUCCUAGGCCUCCCAAUGGAGUAGGGCCUGCAAAUGGGAGUCCCUCAGAAAAAGGAGGAUUGAGGGCUCAGAAUGGCUAUGGACCAGUUUCUCUCUCAGGCCUUGAAGAUGGAUUAAAGACUCAAAAAACAGGACUCGGAAAUGGACUUGGUGCUGGACCCUUUCCAGGGGCUAGGAUUCAGCCAGGCUAUGGUGGUAUGAAUGGCUAUGGAGCAGGAGGAGCCAAACCACAGAAAACAGGCUAUGGAAAUGGAUUGGGAACAGGAGCUUUCCCAGAAGCCGGGUUGCAGCCAGGGUUUGGAACCCCAAAUGGUUUGGGAGCAGGCCUGGGUGGUGUGAAGCCUCAUAAAGCAGUUUAUAGCAAUGGACUAGGAGCUGGAAUCUUUCCUGGGGCCAGAGCCCAGCACACAGGUUUCCCAGGGGCUGGAAGUUAUCCAGCCAAUGGCUACAGCAAUGGAUAUGGAGCUGGAGAAGCUGGAUACCCUAAACCUUCCCUUUAUGAAAAUGGUGGAGCUAGCUCCUUUGGUCCUCAAGGGGUCCCCUUUUUCCCUGGGGGUUCAGACUCUGGAGCCAAGGCUGUUAAACAUGACUAUGGAAAUGGGGUAGGCGCAGGUUCCUACCCUGCAGAUGGAAGCCCGCCAGCACAGCUGCUGCCACCGCUGCCCACUCGCCCCACCUUCCUGCGUCUUCUCGCUCCGCCGCCUGCCACCUGCCCGGCGCUUCCGCGCCUACCUCAGGAGCCCUUCCCCGUGGCCGCCCACCCCCAGGAGCACCAUCCACUGCCCGCUUUCCCUAGCUCCCCCACUCCGUCCCUGCCAUCGCCCCACUUUUUCGUGACCUCGCCCAGCUCCUGGCCCAGUGAGCGGGUUGCUUUACAGAAAAAUAGCCCCUGA